AAGCUUUUCAACCGGAAGUUGAGGCAACCGCUUUGGAAUAAGUUUCUACCCGCACACGUGUUGACCAUGCUUCGUGGAUUUGGGACAACAUCACAGUCGGGUCGGUUUUGAUUACUUAUGUACCUUAAUUGACGAAAUGUCAUGACCAUUUCAAGAAAAAGACUGUUUACGGUAUAUAGCUUUAGCUGAGUCUGAGGACCAGCAUGCCCACACUUGUUCCCUGUAACAGCGAGGGACCGCAACAUGUCUUUGUAGUAAUUUAAACAAAAAUGGAUUACCAGUUUCCCCGGGAGCUUUUCUCUUCAUUCUACAACUGUGGACCACCGGACUCGACGCUGAAACAUUGUGCUGGACAUUGGGGCAGCUACGAUCGGGUCGGACUUCAGGGCGGGUCUGGACCUCACAGCAACUGUACCGGUACCUUUACAUCCAGACAUCAGGUUAGAGGGGAGAGAUGGCGUCACACUGAGCCGGUACCAAUUCCACUCUUCAACCCCAAAAAAUCUUUCCUUUGGCCUUCAGCACCUCCCGAUCCGCUGGACUUCACCGAGCAUAUGCAGAACUUCUUCAUUGAUCAUUGCCAAGACGCUUUCGGGUGUAUGAGUGAAAUUCUGGGGGACCACAUCUAUUCGAAGAAGGGAUUGAAAGGGAAUCAACAAAGACAUGCUGGCCUUCCACGGAAAAUAAAGCGCUUCAUCGACAUGCUGAAUUUGCCAGUAUGCCACCAGUCGUAUUCCUCCAGAUCAGUGCAGGCGUACAGUGCCCUGCUGUCAGACGUCUUGCCAGACGUGCCGGCCGAGCUGCUGGGCUCUCUGUUGUACGAGGAGCUGACGGAGCAGAGAGACAGUCUGCUGUUUUCUGAAGCGGCCACAGGGGGCGCUCUCGACUUCAUCCCCUUUUCUCAUUGCGGAGACUUUCAGCGAGGCUGCCUCAUCUACCCUGGAAACCAAGGACGAGACCGCCUCAACUUCCGUACGGUGGAGCUGGAGCACCAUAGAGACAAAUGUUUCUCUGUCAACUCCAGCAUCAGCGAACCAUUCAGCUUCCAACUGAAAGGUCCCAUCAGACAAAUAAGCUCUGCAUCUCUGUUCAACGAUUGUUGCGUGGCAGUGAGGUCUGAUCACCUGUGUGGCGUUUGGAGAUGCAGCGAGAGAGACCAACCGCGAUUGCUGCAAGUUGUGAACACCAGAGAGGCUGCCACCUGUAUCAGUGUCAGUCCUCAUGUUUUAGGUGAAGUUCUGGUGGCGAGUGAAAGUGGAACAGCAAACCUGUGGACUGUUGGGAAAGGGAUCCAGAAGGUUCAUAAAGAUGACAGCAACCUGUACUUUAAUGCCAAGUCGUCAUGGCGAUGGUGCGAGUUCUCUGCCCACCCUCGAGUGGUGUUGUACGCUGACAGGACUGGUGCGGAGCUCUGUGAUAUCAGGGUGAGUCCUGCCUCCAUUCACACUCUGUUUCGCAUCAGCAACACCACGCAGUGUCGGAGUGGAGAGAGACUCAUCUUCUGCAGAUACCUGGGCAGCACCCACCCCUUUCACCAUAUCUUGACAACUCAGCACUCGGCCUACAUCAUGGACGAGCGAUUCCCGUGCCUGCCCAUGCUAAAGCUGGAUCACAUGAUGCAGUUCCCACCCAUGUUCUGUCACGUCCUUCCUGGGGUAUCCUCACCUGGUCCAACCGGAGGCGUUUGUAGAACCACUAAGGUUGUUCUGGGUUCCCAGAGUUCUCAGGAAAUCACACUGCUGCAAUACUCAGGAGGCAGAGCAGAGGCAUGUGUCCGUCAUGGUCCUCCUCGAGCUCUACUUCGGCCUUGUGAUGGCCUCAAACAUCUUCCUGUCCAGAUUCCACACCGCAUGGACACAGCAGCUAACAGACUGUCUUCACCUGCUGCAGGCCUGACAUGUAUCCAGAAGAGUGAAGGCAACGGGGCAAGUCGAGAAUGCUUCUGUGUGCUCCAGCUAACGGAGGCAGGUGAUGUUUUCUACCAGAUCCUUGAGCAUGAGGGAUCAGACACCUCUUUAGCCCCAGCCACAGAGGAUGAACCCCAACCUCAACAAACUGCAAAGGUCUUGCCUCCACAGUGGACAUUGGACAAUGGCACAGAAUCAGGGAGAGAUUCUUCUUCAUCACACUGCUUGGCACAGACCGAUUCUCAGUUGGUGGUGCCUGACACAUCCAGUGAUGAGGACGUCAUCAGACCAACUCAGGGUUCAACGCUUCCCACUUUAAUUCCGGAAACACCACGGAGUAAAUUACAAGAUGAUGCUUCCUCCGAAACUGGUUCCGAGGAGUUAGAGACACAAAAGAAAGGACAAAAGCUGAAGAGGUUGAACCUCCAUGUACGUGUCAAUGAUGAUCCAGCUGGAGAGGAUAGGAAGAAGAAUAAAACUGAUGAUCCAGAGCAUCCAGCUGGGAAUCAGGAGACAACCAGCAACUUGACUUCUACUGUCCAGCAGACCUCAGUAAAGCUCAGUGAGGCUGCUGUCAUCUUGUGGAAACGAUGGCUCCAGAAACUGAUGCUCAUCAGCCACAAAAAGAAGCCACGCCCUCAACACCCACAUCAUUUGACAUUAAACUCUUGCGGCCUCCUCUGCCUGUCCAGGGACAAAAUGAGGGAGUUAUCUGAAGAGGCGCAUGUAACGAACGUGAGACGCCAGCUGAGAGCGUGCAUGUCCAACCAUUCUCUGCUCGUGAGAAGCACUGUCCCAUCAGACUCUACAGAUAUUCUGCCAUUUCCAGACCAGGUGGACACUGAAGCUUGGAAAGAUGGGCUCAGUCAACGUCUGACACUCUCCUGGCAGGGCGAGGAGAUGUGGCGAGCAUGGUGGGAAGACCGGCUGGGCCUGAACAACGACAAGAAGAUGGAUGCUCUUAGGAAGAAGAGGAGGAGGGAGAGGGAGGCGAAAAGGGCUGCCGGACCACGACUCGACCUUUCCGGAAGUUUCACUUCAUCAGUCAGCUACCAGUCAGAUGUGGAUAAUUUCUCAGAUUUCACGGGCUGGUCCUCUGGAGUCAGCCAGGGGGCGCGAUCAGAUACAGAAGGGACUGAGAUGUUAUCGCAGUCGGAGGACCUAGUGGAGAGUGGGGUGCCAGAAGGCAGGACACCCACCAUGCUGCUGACAGAAUCCACAUUUCCUACGCCAUCUGCCACUCCUCCACAUGGAAAAAAUACCCAAGAUAACUUGGGUACGCCCAGCAGCUCCAAAGUGUACACUGAGUUAAAGACGGUCCAACUUGAAUUCACGCCAUCCAGUCAGAGGAGGAGCAAACGCCCAGGAGACCACUACCUCAGCUCUCUGUUUGGAUCACAGGAAUCUAGGAAGCUUCACCUGCACUGUCCAGCAUCCAGGAUGGUCCCCCUCAGCAUGACAACUACUUCCUGGAUGAGGGCGACCAGGAGCAGCACUCGCUUCCACCCCUGGCCCACUCGUCGCAGCGCCACAGCUCCCAGCCUCUGCCCCCCUCCCAGACUUCACUGGGGCGGCCGUGGUCACAACCAAAGAAGAAGAAGUCACGGAUGGGCUUUUGAUUUUGGAUCACAGUACUGUACAGCCUCAUGGUUUUUGGUGGAUUUUUUUAAGAGGAAAAAGAUGGAUCGUAUUUUCUUCCACUUAUUUAUGAUCACUUUGACAAAGGACAUUGUGACCUCUUCAAGACAUGGAAACAGGAUCUUAAUAUUCAAUGGACAAGCUUUUUUUUAAUAUUUUUAAACCAACACUGGACUAAACUGGAUCUAAUCUGGGAGAGGACUCGUACUUGAGAUCAUCACAUGGUGGAAGAGGAUGGAGUGCUGUACUUUGGUAGGACCAACUGACAUUUUUUUUUUUACAUUUAAUUCAGUAUUUGUAGUGUAUAUUUGUGUACGUAUGCCAUGUAAGAUAAAGAAUGUCAAAAUAAUUCAUAAUGCUGCUAGUUUCAGUUAGUAAAAUGACGGAUAAUUCACUGACUAGUUUGACUUAUUGGUUUGGUAUGUGCUAUAAAACACACACACACACACACACACACACACACACACACACACACACACACACACACACAACGCUACAUUUACAUGCACAAAAAAUUGGAAUUAUUGCUGUUUUUUUUAUUUUACAGUAUGUGAAAAUACUGUAUCUUGUCCACUGUUGGGUAGUAAUAGAAGACUUUAAAGUUACUGUAGUGGUAUCCAAACUUUUUCUAUUAUACAGAAAAAGUACAUCAGCUUUGAGCCAAGCAAAAUGAUGACCUUUUUCUGUGGUUCCCAUACAUCCAUUUCUUUGUGGGGGUUCACCACAAAUACAUUUGGAGUUAUCGGUUUGCCUUUGCACAUAAACACUUUUUAAUGGGACUCUCUGUGAAUGUACUGUAGCUCGUCGUUCUACUGACUGAAUGACGACUACUGACAAAUCUAGCGACAUUUUCUGGUCCUACUGGACACUUUCAGAGAAAGCACAUAUUGCUCUUCUCAACGAGCAGCGGGUCCUUCUGAAAGCACUUAAAGGUAGCUCUGUCUUGCUUGUGAUAAAAGAAAGUUCAUUUCUAUUUCUAAUCAUAUUUGUUUUGCUUGUCAUGUGUGUUGUCUCUGAGAGCAUCCUUAAAAAUGACAUGCACAUGUGACAUGGAAAUGUAUGCAAAUUAGACAAUGAUGUCAUUUAGCCCCCCCGAUGUGGGUUAAUGCACGCAAAGCUAGCUCAACAAAAGCUCAACAUUGUAGCUCUGUGUUGUAGACAACAAACCAUAUUGGUGUAAUAUCUAAUUAAUAAUGAAUGAAUUUAGUUUUUACAAUAUGCUGAGGGUCAAUAAAAACGAGCUGCGGGCCAAAAAUGUCCCCUUGGCCUAACUUUGGAUAGCUUUAGAGUGACAUUAGGGUGGUUCAGGUGGACCUUGUGUUACCUUCUACUUACCUUCUCAUAAAUUGGACGGCCCCGGUUAGGGUCUCUUUAAGGACAGAACGGGAUUGCAAGGAGCUGUUGGAGAAAUGUGAGUCUGAUUCCAGACGGAUUUCUGGUGAGGUGAGGUGAGGUCACAGCUUGUGUUCCCCCUCACUCUGACAUCUCUGCUCGUGUGCGUGCAUGUGUGUGCUGUGGUUCUGUGUGUUGUGCAACACUACAAUAUACAGCACAGUGUAAAUGUUCCAGACCCGACCAUAAGUGAAUUGCAGCAAAGUAGGAUUCCUUAUUUACAAUGGAGUAUUUUGGUAAUUUACGACGUUGUAAAUACGGUUUUUAACAUUAUUAGAGCCCUCCUAGACAGGAAAUAACACCCCUAUAUUUUCUUAUACAAGUAUAAUAAGAGAAAAUAAGACAUAAGAGUCGUGCUCAUGUGUGUUGCUAUAAAUGUGUUCCAGUGCUAGAGCAGCUGAGUGGGGGGCGGACAGGAAGUGAUGUCCGGUGUUUGGAGUUGAGUUUUAGCUAGGCAUGGGUCACGGCCGCAACAGUAACCGGUGUUAGGGAUUAUUGUACCUGCAAUGAAAACCUGUUCCGGUGACCAAGUCUGGUGCUUGUGUGUCUCACCGAACAUUAGAGCAACAUUACUGACACCUAGUGACCAGUGUAGAGUACUACAUAUCAUCACCAUGUCUUUUGAAUGUGUCUUCUGAAUGCCUUAUACUUGUAUUUUAGUUCAUUUAGCCAUUUUUAUGCUUGAUAAUGUUUCAUUUAGGCAAAAAAUACGCACAUUUUUUGACUAAGUCGUAUUCAACAGCAAUGAUUUAUUAAUCCAUAUAUUUUUGAAAAACCAUGAUAGAGUGAAGCCACCAAAUUUGAAGCACAGAGUGACGAGGGACAAGUGUAAUGAAAAAAUAGUGUAAAGUUAUUCCGAGGCUAUUGAGGCUACAACUCCCUUAAUGUCUUGUGCGUUGGUCCAUCAUAUGCACAUAACAGCAACAGUAUACGUUGAACUUUGAACAUUGAACACAGUCAUGAUUCAGCAUUCACGGUCCUGCAAAUUCAGGUUUUUCUCUCCCCCGAAAACAUUGUAUUCACACUAAGUUAGAAAUAAUGUAUAAAUGUGUGCUAAGACGGGUAGAAUGUACAGCAUACAUACUGUAUACCACUGUUAGUCAUUAGUGGUUCCCUCGCUCUUUCACGAAUUCGCUGUUUGGCAACAUUUUUUCAAUGCUUCUUUUGUUUUAUUAGUGGAUGAACGCUGUUACAGGCUGAGCCUGGCCCUUCUAAGAAUUGCAAUUGAAUCUCCCUCUCUUUCCUCUCUCGUCUGCCUGCUCCGCCCAUUGUUUUCUGCGUCCUGAUUGGCAGUAGAUCAUUGUCAAUCACUCUCCUUCGUGCUGCCCUGCCCUUCCUGUGUCAUGCUAGCUCGCUUGCUAGCUCGUAAACGAAUCUUCGGUUCGAAGGAGUCACAGGAGUGAAAUACGCGUGAGUGACUUACCAAUUUCUUGUGUCCUACCUGUAGGUUGAUCAUUAAAAUUCAAACGAAGGUUUGAACUUCUUUGAGAGCGUUUAAACAAGAGAGAAAUGUGACAAAAUGUAAUUGCCUGUCUGAGUAAAGUGUAUGGUGAGGGGUUUUACAACCUUAAAACUUAUAUAAUCACUGUUAACAAAAAAAAAGAAGUUGGCUACUUGGAUUUCACUUAUUGCGGGCUAUUUUGGGAACCUAUCCCCUGCGAUAAACGAGGGAACACUACAUAAAGCCUUUUAAUAAGUGUGUAAGGCUCAAACCUUUAGCUUGUUAGCGUCCAUCACUAGUGAACGAUGGCAGUUAGAGAAGAGAGAAGGGGAGGGGUUUUAACAGAAUAAAGAAGUAACCUUGAGAUUAUCAGGCUUCAGGGUGAGUCCUAAAAAUAACCAAGAAGUUCUAACCUAGAAAAGUCGAUGUAAAAAGUAACCUAUUGAAGCAAGGAAAGCAUAAAACAACAUCUUACCUUUCUAGCUACGCUAAACAGGAGAAACAGGAUUAAAAGGAAAUAAGGAUCUUACCCGUACGUCAUAUUUACACGAGCUGUGCAAACAACUGCAGCGUGGCAGGAUGGGGAAGUGCUCUUCAAAAACUCAGAGAACACAAAUUCAUUCACAUGGAACGUGUCAGACCUUGGAUAUUUUCGAAAUUUUCCCGGAUGAACAUGCCGUAGUAAAUUUCCUAAACGUUUCCCCUCAAAUUCGCUGGAAAUGCCCCGCCCCUUUUGCAACCCUGACGUCAAUAGUUGUGUCAUCUUUGUAAAUACCAUGUCAUCAUGCCACCAUGACUCAACGUAGGCUGCCUGUGGCUGAGACUGUCAACUACAGAAGGCGCUUUCUGUAGCAGUUGGAGGUCUGAAAUGCUGUGGCGAUGCACGUACACUCCUGAACCACAUCUUAAAGCCAGGGGGGGAAUGUGCAGGAUCACUUAGUACUGUGGAAACUAAGUAUAGCGAGAUUUGGUAUUGGGUGUGUGUUCCAAGAUGGAUAACAGACACAACGUUUUUGCCGAAAACCAAAUCCUAUCACAACAGACGUUGUGUUUUGCAUUGGUUUAUUUUAAGUGAGAGCAUCAAAAUGCAAAGAAGAAACCGCAGCAAGAGACGAAGAGAAAUAGUCUGCAGUAUAUUGAAAACAGCAUUUCAGGGGCUGUUCAUCAAAAGCUCAUCCAUCGCCUUAAAAAGUCCAAAUCGAUUCUAAAGACUGGAACCUUUUACCUUUGACCUCAGGAGGUCAUGACAGCAUGAAUGUCGGACAGGAAAAAGCAGAUUCCAAUCAGAAACCAAUCAGCCGAUUUUGAGUUGAAAUGCAGCUUUCAGUAAAUUGAUCCAAACAUAGAUGAUAUCGAUACCAAGGGGUAGAUUCCGUAUCAGAUCGAUACAACUAUUCCCACUCAUUUGGUCACGUCAUUUUAUAAAAAUAAAUAAACUGUCCUGUUUGGCAGCUUAGUCACGCAGCGUGACUGAUCUGUUCAUCUUAAAACCCACUUUUAUUCUCUGGCUUUUAACUCGGCAUGAGUCGUGUGGUCCUCUGUGUCUUUUAUUCUUUUUUGGUUUUAAAUGGUUUUAUUUAUUUUAGUUUAUUUAAUUAAUUUUUUUCCUACUUCUUGUAUUUAUUGCUUUUAUAGUUACUUCUUGUUUCAAAUAUUUUACUGUUCUAAGUUUCUUUGUUUUUAUUUUAUUUAUAAAUAAAGUGGAUUGGAUUGGAUCUAUUUGUCUUAUUGUACCACUACAGAUUCACUGUACUGGUACAAGUCUGGAAUAAUACUACUGGUGUGAUUGUGUGGUGUUUGACUUUUUUGGAUUGAUGCUGGAUGGUAGUUGGUUUGAGAGCAGACAGAUUUUGAAGCGAAGUGGGACAUCAAUCAUUUCCACAGCUUGGUGAAGCUGGGGAUAGACGGGAAUAAAAAAGGUACAAAGAAAACACAUGACGAAACAGCAGCAAAAUGAAUGGAGGACUUGUUGGGACCUGGCUGGGGAGGGAUAAAGAGUGAUGCAGAGAUGUCCACUUU